CCGGCCGCCGGGGCCUGCGGGAACAUGGCCGAGUCGCCGGAGGAGGUGGCGGUGCUGGUGCAGCGGGUCGUGAAGGACAUUCGCAACGCGUUCCAGCGCAACCCGCACAUAGAUGAAAUUGGAUUAAUACCCUGCCCUGAAGCCAGGUAUAACCGGAGCCCUAUUGUCCUGGUAGAAAACAAGCUUGGUGUGGAGAGCUGGUGUGUCAAGUUUCUUUUGCCAUAUGUCCACAAUAAACUUCUCCUCUACAAACAAAGAAAACAGUGGCUGAACAAAGAUGAGCUGAUAGAUAUCACGUGUACCUUGCUGCUGCUGAACCCCGACUUCACCACUGCCUGGAAUGUGAGGAAAGAAUUAAUACUGUCUGGCACUUUAAAUCCACUUAAAGAUUUGCAUCUUGGAAAACUGGCGUUAACCAAGUUUCCAAAGAGUCCAGAAACAUGGAUUCAUAGACGAUGGGUGCUGCAACAACUAAUUCAGGAAAACUCCUUGCCAAGUCUCGCUACUAAAGGAAACCUGGGAGCAGCACCUGUGGAGAGAAUUCACCGACUAGUGCAGGAGGAAAUGAAUGUCUGCUCUGAAGCUGCUGGGAGAUAUCCAAGCAACUACAAUGCCUGGUCCCAUCGCAUCUGGGUUCUACAGCAUUUGGCAAAGCUGACUGUCAAGGUUCUCCUUGAUGAACUUUCAUCCACUAAAUAUUGGGUAUCCAUGCAUGUCUCAGACCAUAGUGGAUUUCAUUAUCGCCAGUUCUUACUCAAUUCCUUGAUAGGCAGAACUGUGGCUGACAGUAACGGACUGGUAAAUGAACAAAACCCCAACCUUCAGAAGGAGGAGGAGAGUGCAGGGACAGAAGCUGCUUGUGCAGAGGAGCAAAGCGUGGAUCUCCCCCGCCGUUUAGAGGAAGAGAUGGAGCUCUGCACUGAACUGAUUGAUAAUUACCCAGGGCAUGAAACCUUGUGGUGUCAUAGAAGGUGUGUGUUCUACCUUCAACAGCACCUAAGCAACAAAUUUCCUCUUCUGAGUGCAGUGGUAUCAUCUGCGGACAGCAGUGAUGAGACUCUGAAUAAUUCCCACCACAGUCCUGCAACAAGUCACAUGGCUCAAGCUAUGGAUGUUGAUGGUUUGAAUGAAUCCAGCAGCAAACAAGGUUAUACACAAGAAACAAAACGCCUGAAACGUGCUCCUUUGCAGGACUCUCUUGGUCCAGAAAUGGAAUACCAGUUCAUUGAUAAAGUAUUAUCAACUUGUAGGGAUGUGGACCAAGCCAGGUUUGCUACUGCUUAUAGGAAAUGGUUAGUUAAAUUUUUAAGUCAGUGAAGGAAGUGUUUAAAGCUUUCAGGGUUCUUUUCUUAGUGCAAUAUUCUCUUUUCAGACACAAAUGCAUGUCUUGGUUGCAAGUGUUAGCCAACCCUGUGUUUCUCUCUCUUUUGAUGGUCAGUCCUAAAGUUCAAAUUCAGAGUAGAAGUCUGUCACUUUAUUAGAAACUGGCAUACCUUUUUAUUUACCAAAUGCAGUUUGUUCCUUAGUCUUUUUAAGAAAUCACUCUGUCAGCUUCCUACCAUGACAUUUUCUUACUUUUUACUUCUGUGUUAACUCUGAAUCAUUAGACUUUUUUAAAAAACAAAAGAGGUAAAAGAAGAAAAGUCUGAAAUGCUUGUGAAACGGUGUUUGAAAAAAGGAUGGGAGAAUCUGUCAGUAACAGCUAAACCUGUUUCCAGGGUGUUUGUCUUUACUAUGUGGUAUCAUGCUAACACCUUAUUGGAUCCAAACUGUAUUCGGUGAGUGCUAUUAUUUUUGUAUUAGCAACCUUUGGUAGAACACCAGACUGAAGUGUUUCUUUCUCAAGGCUCCAGUAACAAUAUUGGAGCCAUCAUGCCUUUUACUGUUUUAACUGGGGUUUUGUUUGCUUGUUAGUUGUCACGUUAGCUUGAUAGGGAAGUCUAUGAAGUUGAAAUCCUGACACAAGAAAACGUGACAGAAAAUAGUUCAAGCACAUCUUCGCACACUUAGAGCUGUAUUUGGAAAUACUUUUCUUAAAAUAGACUACCUUCUUUCCUUA